CUACCAGCUCCUACCUACCUCGCCACGAUCUGCGACAAUACAUCCCAUAAAGAGCUCCAAUGUCACUAUAAUUCACAAUAUUCACAAUAUUCACAAUAUUCACAAUAUUCACAAUAUUCACAAUAUUCACAAUAUUCACAAUACGUGCAGAUGCAUCGCACUCACUUGGAAUAGCGCAGCAUCGCAUACGGGAAGCGCAAGCCACUCACUUCACUACCCCGCCACCACCGCACCGCGAAGCUCCAACCCCUCACAUCAUGGGGCAACAACCAAGGAAACCCAGCCAGUCCGGUGACAAGCACCCCAUCGACGAUGCAGCCGCCACAGCUACCACGGCCCAGGGCGAUGACCUCAAUAGUAUCCGCGGGGAUGAGAUCAAUCCCUCACCACCACCGAAUUCCGAGCUCGUCGGUCAACCAGCCGCUGGAUUAAGCGCUGCGCAACAAAUACUACCUGUCACUGCCGCUAUUGUGUCUGAGAGCGUCGAUGUUGUCGAUGCUCCCAAUGUGGCGUCGCCGACGACAGAGUCCAGGCCUCCAGAGAGCCACGAGACCUUCCUGCAAGGGGCCGAUCCAACGGGCCUCGCCAACCCCGCAUUAAUCGUUCGAACCUCCGCAACCCCCCCCUUCUCCACGCCCUUCGCGGACGCCAAUGCGCCGCCGCCGCUCUCCCCAUCCAGUCCCCCCAGCCUCGCCUUCCCAACGCGCAGCAACACCGAGUUCAUCGCCUCCUUCCCCCAGACCACCACCACCACCACCACGGGCACCACAAACAGCAGCAUGCUCUUCAUCCCCAACGACGCCGGCGCCGCGCACCGCCGCCGCUCCAUGGCCAACACCCCCGCCCUGACCGAGUACGAAGCGGACCUAACCAGCAAAGACCGCCUCAAGCAAAAAGAAGCCGUGCGCGCCAUCCUCGCCUCCAAAAUCCGCACCGACUGGUCCUUCCCCGACAAAGUCUCCUCCACCGCGCUAGAACCCUCAGAAGACGCCCUCCCUGAAACUGACGACCCGGCAGAGCAGCUUACGACCUGGGUCGAGCGUGCGGACUGGCUGAGUGAGCUCUCCGAGAGCGAGGAUAGCGACGCGGGACUGGCGCAGACGAGUACGAAUUCUACGAGCGGAUCGGCCAAGGCCCCUAAAUCUAAGAAGAAGAAAAUCAACCCCUUCCGCUUCGACUCCCCCGACGGCGUGGGCGAGGCGCUCCGCCGGUCAGCGGACAGGAGAAAACUCCAUCGCCAGCGGAAACUACAGGAGGAACUGGCAUACAACGAGGGACUGCGCUGCUUCACCGCUCGCCGGAACGCUUGGACGAACGCGCGGAUCGUGCGGCGUCCACGAUGCCCGCCCACAUCCCCUAUCUCACCCUCUGCCGAGAAACCCCCCGCCGCCGCCGACGACGAUGGAGAAGCAAUCCUCGACACCCUCGUCCCCAUCGCCGCCCCCCUCCUCCCCCCCUCCACCCCGAUGCGCCGCAACAUCACCAGUCGCGCGCACAGCACCAUCUACGACAAGGUCGUGAUACAGAGCCAGACCCCCAUGUGUCCGAUUAAUCUGCAGACUGUGGUGAGUAGCUGCGUGGACGGGUGGAAGAGGGAUGGCGAGUGGCCGCCUAGGGGGACGGAGCCGGAAGCUGCGGUGGCGCGAAGGAGGGGGGAUGCGGCGGGGCAAGCGCAGAAUGGGGUGUGGAAGAGGAGUUUGCAGAAGGUUUUUGGGAGGGGGGCGUGA